CUGAGAUUUGUUUACUUCCGGGCAUAUUGCCAGGGUUAGCAGUAUGGUUGUGAGGCUUGUCACUGGGUGUGAAGCUUGUUUCCUUCUGAGUGACAGUAGCAGGACAGCUGUUCUUCUUGUUGCGGACACUACAUCUCCAGUUAGUCUGCUUGAUGUUGUAUAUGUGUGUGUCCAGCCUUCACAGUUGUCACAAGAGAUUGCUUGGCCUUCACUUACUACCAAAAAACAUUUCCUGCAGUUGGUGGUCAUCUGGUCAUUUACCCUUAAAGAGCACACAGUAGCUGACAGAUGCCAAGGUUGCUCUAACCAUGAUGUCCAACUCUACCCCCACCACUGGAUCAUGUACUUACAUCGAGGACAAAUGUUAGAUUGAGGAUAUGAUUGCAUCUACAAUGGAACAUAGUUAUCUUCUCACUGGUCUGACAAACGCUAGAUGACAGUCUUUACAUCCUCAGAGAUGCAGGCUCCACACAUCCCCACCACGGACAGUGCUGCAUGUUCACCAGCACCAUUGUGUAAUUUUGAUGCGGAGAAACAUCGUCCUCAAAAGAAGGAACACAAGUGUCACAAAUGUAUAGUGUGUUUGAAAGAGUUCAAAUGCCACUAUUACCUUAAGGAUCAUAUGUCCAUACACACUGGGGUGCUUACUAAUAGACUGAAGAGAAGACGAGAACUUCGUCACAAAUGUAUAGUAUGUGAGAAAAGGUUCAGUUCGCCAUGUGCAAUGAAAGAACAUAUGAAUGUACACACAGGAAUGUAUAUCUAUGAAUGCCAAAUUUGUGGGCAGAAAUUUUUUCUGCAUAGGAGUUGGCAGUUGCACGGUUUGACCCACUCCACAGACAGGCCAUAUGAAUGCAAGCUGUGUACAAGUACAUUUAAGAGGUCCAAUCAUUUGACACGUCAUGUGUUAUCUAUACAUGAGAGAAAACGGAAAAUAAAAUGUAGUGAUUGCAAUAGAUACUACUUUCCAUAUGCAGGGAGUGAUGUGAGACAUGCAAUGAAAUAUCACGUGGGAGAGAACUACCGAAUUGAUGAAAAGCCAUUCAAGUGUAAACUUUGUGAUGCACAAUUUAUACAAUCUUCGUCUCUCCGCCUCCAUGUCGACACUGUACAUUCAGAUAAGAGACCAUAUUUAUGUACUGUUUGUGGCAAAACAUUUAAAUCAAAUGGUUCAUUGCAGACUCAUUCUGCCGUUCAUAUGGAAGCUGGGAAAGUCAGUGCUGAAUGUAAAAUAUGUCAGAAGAUGGUGAAAAUAAAAGCCAUGAAUACUCACAUGAAAUCCCAUGAGGAGAAGAAGUUUUUGUGUACUUUUUGUGGGAAAACGUUUAGUUUGAAACACCAACUUAGCAAUCACGAGAAGAGCCACCUAGGACUGAAAGCACAUGCCUGUGAACUGUGUGACGAGAGAUUUACGCUCCCUCAUCAGCUGAGGGCCCACAGAAAGACCCACUCAAAAUCCAAGAAGCAGAAAUGACAAGGCUACCUCUUACUCCAAACUGCACAGAGAACCCUAUUCAUUGUUGGCUCUCCAUACCUCCAUGUGUCCAUUGAUGCAGGAAUGCCAUAACCAUUACAUCAGGAGACACAUUGUUUUUCUUCAAGGCUACAUUGAAUGUAUACUCCAUACCUCCAUGUGUUCAUUGAUGGACAUACACCUUGUGGGAAUAAGGCACGUCAUUUCUCUGCAUGGCUAUAUUGAAUAUACAUGGAUAAAACAUGA